GUAAAUAUAUUAAAAUCAAGAAUCCUUCCUUAAUAAAUCUCUCUAGAACCCUCCGAAACCCUAGGUCUCUUAAACCCUUUUAAAAACCCCUUCUGCUUUCAGUGACAGACACAACUUCAGCAAAACCAUGGCUGCUGUAUCUAGGCUUCAAAGCUUAACCAACAAAACAUCACUCAAAAAUCUCAUUCACCGCCAUCUCCUCCGUCCCGUAGCCACCCCCGCCGCCGCCUCUGCUGCAGACCCAUUUAACAUUUCCUCUCAAUCUCAACCCUCGGUACAUUUUGGUUUACGAAACCCAAAGUCGAUUUUGACAGGACAUUUUUCAAAUGAUGACAAAUUUCUUCUGAAUUGGAUCUUUGUAUCCGAUUUGCCUACCUUUGAUUUGUCUCUGAUGGAGCUACGUGGUAGCCGUUCGACUAGUAGUAAACAGCGUCCCGAUCUGGAAGAAGAUGUCGAAGACGAUGAUGAAGAUGAUUUUGAGGACGACGACGAUGAUGAUGCAUCGAAGGGCUUUGAUGAUGUAGAUGGAAGCUGCGAUGAUUCUGAUGAUGAUGAUGACUACGGCCGUCGUGGUAGCGGCCGCGGUGGCGGUUCCCGUGGUGGCGGCGCUUAUACAGCGUGAAAUUUGGAGCAAGUGCGAUUUGCACCUUUAUUUUAUGCUAAUAUCACUUUAUUUUUGCGUUGCUGAUCAAUGAAAUUGUUUGGUUCA